ACCUCGAAUGAUGACGCAGAAUGGACAUCUAAUAUUCCAAUCGGGAACUAACCACAACAUCACGUUCCGGUCUUCAGGAGGUGGCGCCAUCACAGUGGAUGGGGAGAAUAUCAGAGUUAUUGCCCAGUCGGUGAGAACAAAUAAACAGUCCAUUGACAGGCUAAGAACAAGUCAAACUCAGAUUCCUCCCAAUCUGAAUAGCCGACUAAACUCACUCCAGACAUCUGUGAACAAUCUCCAGAGUGUUCAAGAGACUGUCAGGUCGCUGAGGUCAAGUGUUUCCACGUUAACAUCAAACAUGAACAGCGGGAACACUCGACUGACGAGUGCAGAGUCUCGGAUAUCAACCGGCCAGUCACAACUGUCGUCCCGUCUUACGACCGUUGAGAACAGGAUUACAUCAUUGACAUCCUCGACAUCCAACAAUUUAGUCAGUCGGGUGCGUGCACUGGAACAGAAGGUCUCAAGAUUGGAAACGCUGCUUACGACUAACGAGUGCCAGUCCAACCCGUGUCUGAAUGGAGGGACCUGCCUGGACACGUUCAACGGCUUCAUCUGUCGCUGCCCCAACACCUGGACGGGUAUACGCUGUGACAUUGAUGUGAAUGAGUGUUCGGUGUAUGCUGGGACUGAUCUUGGUUGUCAGAACGGAGGAACCUGUGUCAACUCACCUGGAUCUUUCAGUUGUACGUGCACUGCCAACUGGCAUGGAAUCCGAUGUAUGGAUCAGCACGAUGACUGUACUGGCGCGUCGCAGUCGGAACUGUGUGGUCACGGAACAUGCGUCAACAUACCACGAGCAUCAGCGGGACAGGCUAAGUACCAGUGUAUCUGUGACGACGGCUGGACAAAGUCGGGAUCGACAACCACUGCUCCGUGCACGGUAGACGUUGACGAGUGCAGUGCGACCUCAGCACACCCGUGUUCCCGGAAUCCCUUUGUCCCGUGUAACAACUACCCCGGAGGCUUCAACUGCGGCAGGUGUCCGGCAGGCUACACAGGGAAUGGGUUUACAUGCCAGGAUGUGAAUGAAUGUGAGAGAAGCAAUGGCGGCUGUUCCAUGUCACCCUUUGUCCAGUGUCAAAACACGAUUGGCUCUUUCUCCUGCCCCGGUUGUCCGGGAGGUUACCAAGGUGACGGUAGAACCUGCACCUGGGUGGGUAUCUGUGGAACUAAUAAUGGAGGAUGUUACCCAACUGCAACCUGUCGAGAGACACCAGGAAUUACUGGCCGAUCUUGCACUUGCCCAUCUGGCUAUGUUGGCAAUGGAGUAGGACCUAAUGGCUGUACGUCCGGAUCUCAAACUGGUGCCUGUUUGAGCAACCCAUGUCAGAAUGGGGCGGCCUGCAUUAAUGCUGGGAGUUCGUACAGGUGUCAGUGUAUGGCUGGUUACACCGGGACCAACUGUGAAACAGACAUUAACGAAUGUGCGUCCAACCCAUGUCAAAAUGGCGGCACGUGCACAAACCUGGUGGGCAGAUUUCAGUGUGCAUGUACAGAGGACUUCACUGGAGACACCUGCACGGAUGCCCAGAGUGUUUGUGGCGGUCGGCUUUCUGGAGAAACGGGCACUGUGAGAUUUCCAAGACAAGCAGGGACAAAUUAUUCACACGGGGUGUCCUGUGCCUGGACCAUCACGACAACAAGAAGCAAGAUCAUCAAUGUUAGAUUCCCCACGUUUGAUAUCGAGUCUCAUAUUCGAUGUAAUUUUGACUUCCUCCAAAUAAACGACGGUCCCACGGCCACAUCGUACGCUAUUGGCCGUUACUGUGGUGGCAACAUUCCCCCUGCUGUGGGGAUCAACAGCACACACAACCAGAUCUACCUGUGGUUCUUCUCGGACACAUCUGUCAGCGGGCGGGGAUUUGUAGCGGAGUGGACGUCAGCCGAUCCAGUGUGUGGAGGUGAUUUGUCUGGCUCGAACCACGGUUCUAUCAAGAGUCCAGGUUACCCUGGAGUGUACCCACACAAUCGGGACUGUUCCUGGAUGGUUUCCGUGUCGCCGGGGAAACGGAUUAUGUUUACCUUCGCCACGCUUCAACUAGAAAACCAUGCCAACUGCUCUUAUGACUACCUUGAGAUUCUAGACCCCUUGCGACCUUCUGAUGCUGUGAAAAAAUACUGCAGUACAAGCACACCUCCCCCGUUUACCACCCUUGGUCCAAGUGCUGUGGUGAAGUUCCAUUCGGAUUCAUCGCUAAACGACAGAGGAUUUCAUAUCACUUACGCAGCAGUUAACAGUCUGUGUGGUGGACAGUUUACCCAAGACAGAGGGACGAUUGUGUCUCCGAACUACCCGAAUGCGUACAACCACAACGCGGAAUGCGUUUGGACCAUCACCGUCAGUCAGGGAGACACACUGACCUUGACCUUCACCACUUUUGACCUUGAGACAGGAACUACAUGCUCCUAUGACUUUGUGGAGAUCCGCGAUGGCAUCUCACCGGAUUCGAACUCACUCGGCCGAUUCUGUGGAAGGGACAACCCCGCUCCCGUCCAGUCAACCGGAAACCAGAUGUACAUCGUGUUCAGCUCAGACGCCUCGAUAACCGGGGUUGGAUUCCAAGCCAUGUGGAAUGUUGCUUGUGGUGGGACAUUCACCACACCGACGGGAACUCUUCAAUCUCCGUCGUAUCCCAACUCUUACCCACAUGACAGAGAGUGUAUUUACAUCAUCAACCUGCCAGUGGGCAAUCGCGUGACCUUGACCUUCGCAGCGUUCAAUCUGGAGGGGCCGAGUAUAGCAAAUGCGAACUGCAGUUACGACUAUCUGGAGAUCCGGGAUGGAGGCUCAAUGAGCAACGCCCUGCUUGGUCUGUUUUGUGGCACUCAGAUUCCAGCCAAUCAGGUGUCCACACAGAACAUGAUGUGGCUCAAGUUCCGUACAGACGGGUCGGUCUCAAACACCGGUUUCCAGGCAACGUACACAUCUGAAGUAGCAUCUUGUGGCGGGAGCCUCACCGAGGAUACUGGUAGAAUUCUCAGUCCGGGCCACCCCAACGUGUACCCUCAUGGUGUCAACUGCACAUGGUACAUCACCGUGACGCCCGGCAUGGUGAUCAGACUGACCUUUCAUGCAUUCAGCAUAGAGGCCAAUCAGCGAUGUGCAUUCGACUAUGUGGCUAUCUAUGAUAACUCGACCGCUGUUCAAGCCAGUCUGCUGGGAAAAUUCUGUGGAUCUACGCGACCAAUGAUUACGUCAUCGGACAAUGUCCUGACAAUGGUCUUCAGAACGGACAGCUCCAUCGCCCACAUAGGGUUCUCAGCGUCGUACGUUGCCUUGAAUGCAUCCACUCUGUGUGGAUCCACCCUGACCGACCUGACAGGGGUGAUCACAAGUCCAAACUACCCCGGGAACUACCCUCACCAGCGUGAGUGCGUCUGGAUCAUCACUGUUGCUAUGGGAAACCAGAUCCUGCUCAACGUUACCGACUUCAGUAUGGAAUUCCAUACCAACUGUCAGUAUGAUUACUUGGAAAUCAGAAAUGGUAAAUUUGCCACCUCGCCUUUGGUCGGGAGAUACUGUGGUACGACGAUUGACGAAAUCAUUCGUUCCCAUAGCAACUCAAUGUGGAUCAAGUUCAAAACGGACACCUCAUUUUCAUCUCGAGGUUUUUCAAUUACAUAUGAUGGCACCUCAUCAGGUUGUGGUGCCGACAUGACCACUCCGACGGGGUCAUUUAUUUCCCCAAACUACCCGCUGCCAUACAACCACAAUGCAGAGUGUUUCUGGACAAUCACUGUGUCACGGGGCAGCAGCAUAAACCUGGCCUUCAUACACAUCGACAUAGAGUCGCAUAGCACCUGUCGAUACGAUUACAUUCAGGUUCGAGAUGGAUCUGCUCAGGGCCGUGAGGUUGCCAGGCUGUGUGGUACAGAACCUGUUCGUGUUAUCACAUCGACGUCAAACAAACUGUGGAUCAAGUUCCGAUCAGAUUCAUCAGUGUCUGGCAACGGAUUCAGUGCUGUGUAUAGUACAGUGUGUAACAAUGUGUUGACGUCGUUCUCUGGGGUGAUCGAGAGCCCGAACUUCCCGAACCGGUACCCACACAACCGGAACUGUACGUGGAUUAUCCAGACAACGCUCGGAAACACUGUCAACGUGUCAUUCUCCCACUUCGACAUUGAGUCUCACUCGUCAUGUCGAUACGACAGGCUCCAGGUGCGUGACGGUAACGCCUCGGACUCGGCUGUGAUCGCGAAUCUGUGCGGCACCACGAUCCCAGAUAUGAUUUCAUCGUCCGGAAAAAAGCUCCUUCUCAACUUCAUGUCCGACGCAUCCAUGGCAGGGAAUGGAUUCAGAUUGGAGUGGAUUACUGAUGGCUGUGGAGGUUAUCUUACCGGUACAACGGGAACGUUUACGAGUCCCAACUACCCGAAACCGUAUCCGCACAGACGCGAGUGUGUUUGGAGGAUCACUGUGGCUACCGGAAUGGCAAUCCAGCUGACGAUUGGAACGUUUGAUCUCGAGACGCAUACCACAUGCAGAUAUGACGUACUUGAGGUUUAUGGAGGUCCUGAUGACAGUGCUCCGAGACUGGCUCAGUUGUGUCACCGACAGAGCACGCCGCAGGUCCUAACAAACACGGGAAACACGAUGUUUGUCCGCUUCAGGAGCGACUUCUCCAUCAACGGAAAGGGCUUUACUGCCACAUACCAGGCUGUAGCUGGAGGUUGUGGUGGCAACUACUCGACCCCGUCGGGAACAAUAGUUUCGAAGAACUACCCCCAGAACUACCCCCACAACACGGACUGCCAGUGGCUGAUCACCGUCGCCCAGAACCAACUCAUAGUGCUCACAUUCGUCGACUUCGACGUAGAGUCAACACGCACUUGUCGCUUUGAUUACGUUGGGGUUUACGAUGGACCAGACAGCACAUCCCCAGAAUUAGUGAAGCAUUGUGGGACAGCUCUUCCCAGCCCCAGCAUCUACCGGUCUACGUCGAAUCAGCUGUACAUUCGUAUGCGAACUGACGUUUCAGUCUCGGCUAAAGGAUUUAAAGCUAAUUAUAUUACUGGGUGUGGUGGUAUAAGGAAUGCUACAACAGAUGGCGAAAUCACCUCGCCCAACUAUCCCGGCAACUACCAACGACUCAGUAACUGCACCUGGUUAAUCCAGGCACCUCACAGUAGAGACAAAGUCACACUAACGUUCACCCACAUGGACUUGGAAUCGGCGGGUAGCUGUACUCAAGAUUACGUUCGCGUGUUGGACGGGAAUGACGCCAGCGCGCCUGAGGUCGGGGGCAGUCCGUUGUGUGGCAACACCGUCCCGGCACCAAUCAUAUCGCAGGGAAACCGACUGUUUGUGACAUUUGUCACGGAUGGAUCGAUCCAGCUGACCGGCUUCAGAGCUACGUACACCAAGUCUGCGUCCAGCUGUGGAGGUGACUUCACUGCAGAACAUGGCACGUUCACCAGCCCAGCAUAUCCCAAUAGCUACCCACGGAAUACAGAAUGUGUCUGGACUCUACACGCGUCACCCGGCAACAGACUCCUGUUAUCGUUCAGUACAUUCAGUCUGGUGUCCUCCAGUCAUUGCAACAGUGAUUAUCUAGAAGUGCGUGAAGGGGAUGUGUCAGGCCGUCUGAUUGGUCGAUACUGUGGUCGGACCAUGCCUGGAAACAUCACGGCAGUGAAUGGUAUUUGGAUGAAGUUCCGAUCAAACAGCAGACGCAGUUCGCGAGGAUUCUCUGCAACUUACAAUUCGGUGUACGGAGGAGCUCUAACUGGGUCAUCGGGUCAGCUGGCGUCGCCACUGUACCCACGCAAUUACCCGCACAACUCGCAGUAUACGUGGAUGGUUACCGUGCCCGUCGGCAAGCGAAUCCGGGUCACGUUUGUAACCAUGAACCUCGAAGGCCUGACAAACGGUGUCUGUGUGUUCGAUUAUGUAAAGAUCCAAGAUGGAGCAUUGGCUACAAGCCCAGAACUGGCCAAGUACUGCGGCACAACUCUUCCCAGUCCACUGAUUACGACCACCAAUCAGAUGCGCGUCGUGUUCCACACCGACUCGUACUCCAACGGUCAGGGCUUCCUGUUCAACUGGCAGGCCACCGAGGAGGUCAUGACGAGUCCGACGCCACCUACGUCUGGCACAACACCAAUCCCGGGCUGUGGAGGUGACUUGGUGGCGGGCAACUUCUUCCAGACGGUCGAAUCACCGGGCUACCCCGACGGCUACGCCAACAGUCUCAACUGUGUGUGGCGAAUCUCAUCUGUGGUCGGCACCCGCAUCUCUGUCAACAUCACCUACAUCGACUUGGAGGGACACUCAAGCUGCCACUACGACUCCGUCACCAUUUCUGAUGGUACGUAUAGCCGUGCACGCCGGCUUGGUUCGUUCUGCGGCCGACAGCCAAACACGUCGCCACUGGUUUCCAGAUCAAACUCCAUGAGGAUACGCUUCAAAACCGAUGGCUCAGUCAACAGAACGGGAUUCUCGCUCCAAUAUAAGACAGAAUGUGGAGGCAUUAUUGGACUACAGUCAACAGGUGUCCUAGAGAGUCCUAACUAUCCUAGCAACUACCCAGCCAAUCAGAACUGUUCCUGGGUAGUGGCUGUUAAAAUAGGACGGACUGUCCAGGCUCGCUUUAAUGGGUCGUUUAACAUCCAGAGUACCUCCGCUUGUGAUUCAGAUUACAUUAUGCUACUGAACGGUGCUGAUCGCAACUCCCCUCCACUCGGCAACGGCACCAACCGUGGCAACACUGCCGGCCGUUACUGCGGCAACAGUGCACCAGCUACCAUGGAAACGAGCAGCAACAAGCUGUUUGUCAACUUCGUGUCCGACGGGUCGGGCGCUGGUCCCGGAUUCCAGCUCAUCUACAGCGAGAUGAUGGUCACCUGUGGUGGUCACCUGACCUUGACCCAAUUGAUCACGAGUGGCACGUUCACGUCGCCAAACUACCCGGGUGUUUAUCCGCACAACGUCGACUGCAUGUGGGUGAUAACGGCACCGGCAACAGAGCGCAUACAGCUCGACUUUGAUAACUUUAACCUGGAGCAAAAUGGACAAUGCGCCUAUGAUUAUGUUGAGGUUCGUGAUGGUGGUACGCAGAAUGCCCCAGUGAUUGGACAAAAGCUUUGUGGGACGAAUCUACCGAGCACAAUCAUAACCACUGGCAACGUGAUGUACAUCCGACUGCGUACAGAUAACAGUAUUCCAAGAAGCGGCUUUUCAGCUCGUUACUCCAUUGCGGUCUGUGGUGGUAGAAUAAAUGGCGCUCGAGGUACGAUAAUGAGUCCAAAUUACCCCGGUAACUACGAGGCAAACAGCGACUGUGAGUGGAUAAUCAGUGCGCCGGUUGGCCACUACAUCACCUUCUCCUUCUCCGCAUUCCAGCUCGAGUACUCGAGUUCCAACUGUACUAACGAUUACCUGGAAAUCCGCGAAAUUAACUCAACAGGUCCGGUGAUAUUAAGAAACUGCGGUACUAGGAUGCCAUCCCCUGUAGACACGUCUGACAGUUUUGCAUAUGUCCGUUUCGUUUCCAAUGGCAACACACAGCGCACUGGCUUUAAGCUGACAUUCCUGGCUAGCGUUGAAGCUUGUGGCGGAGACCUAACCACAUCAACGGGAACAUUCUCCAGUCCAAACUAUCCGGGACAGUACGCACAUAACCGACUCUGUGAAUGGCGAAUCCAAGUCCAGCCUGGUCGACGGGUGACCUUGACCUUCAGCGAUUUCCGGAUUGAAUUGCAUAGGUCAUGCAGUUGGGAUUAUGUUGAUGUAUUCAACGGGCUGUCACGAGUGUCCCCUCACAUUAUUCGUCUGUGUGGUGUGACGACCCCUGCGCCAGUUGAGUCGUCGGGAAAUUCAUUGAGAGUCGUCUUCAAAACAGACGGUUCCAUAACGAACGGUGGCUUCAGAGCUACAUACACGUCAAAUAAUGAAGCAGUCUGUGGUGGCAGCCUGACGUCUCCUGGCAACAUCACCUCGCCCGGCUACACGGAUGGAAACUACACAAGUAAACUGUACUGUGUGUGGACGGUCAGCAACCCGAGCCUCGUCAACUCAUCCAUCAAAGUGUCCCUCCCUGACCUUCAUCUUGAGCACCACUCACGCUGUCUGUACGAUGUCCUCGAAAUACGGGAAGGCUCUACAGAAAAUGGGGUUCUACUGAAGAUGUUCUGUGGAAACAACACCAUCCCCCGUCCAUUUGUCACGCCGAGUCCGCAGCUUUUCAUUCGCUUUAAAACCGACUUUUCCAUCGUCGACAGGGGCUUCUACUUGGAGUACGAUUUUCAAGAAUGUGGUGGCCUGCUGACGACGUCUUCUGGUGUGAUCACGAGUCCCAACUAUCCGAACUUCUAUAACAAUAAUGAAGCAUGUGCCUGGCAGAUCAUAGCACCAGAGGGGACGCAGAUACGGAUAAUCUACGAUGAUAUGGCUAUUGAGAACCACACAAACUGCAGGUUUGAUUUCCUGGAGAUACUCAACGGAGGGAAUCCCGACUCCCCAUCUAUUGGCAAGUCAUGUGACAUGCGCCCGCCUACCGACUUCCUGUCGCAGAGUAACUCGCUGCGCAUUAUCUUCCAGUCAGAUUUCAGCAUCACGUCACGCGGCUUCAAAAUCCGGUACCAGUUUGAAACCGAAGCUUGUGGUGGUCUGUUCCACAGUAAUGAUGGUUUCCUUGCCAGUCCAAAUUUCCCUCACAACUACCCGCACAACACUGAAUGUUUGUGGGACAUCAACGUGCAGCCAGGCUAUAUAGUGUCCUUGACCUUCAACCCACCCUUUGACCUCGAGGCCCACAGAUCAUGUCGCUAUGACUAUGUUGAGGUUAGUGAUUCUCUGUCAAACAGAACCUUGGUAUCACAAGGUCGGUGGUGCAGCAAUCAACUACCUGCACCAGUUACGUCCAGCGGUAACCGGCUGGUUGUCAAGUUCAGAUCAGAUAUCUCCACUAAUGGCAAUGGAUUCUCAGCUAACUGGACUGUUGAUUGUGGAGGAACUUUCACGGCUGAUAAGGGUGUUAUUCUGUCCCCGGGUUACCCAGUGGCCUACAGUAACAACUUGCGCUGUAACUACACCAUCAUGGUGGACCCACAGAAGUUUAUUCUGGCUAAGUUCGAUAGCACUGUGUAUGAGAUCGAGUCAGGUGGCCGCUGUAAUUAUGACUCCGUUCAGAUGUUUGCUGGCAAUGACACGAGCGGUCGCCGGCUUGGCCGAUUCUGUGGGACGACUGUGCCUCAGCCUGUCAGUGCUCUGGGGACCAUGUACAUGCAGUUCUGGACUGACGCAACCGUGGUGAUGAAAGGAUUCAAGAUCAAAUACAUUGCAGAAGCAUGUGGUGGGGUGUACACUGAGCCAUAUGGACGCUUCCACACACCGACCACACCGUCGCCGUACCACCACAACGCCAACUGCACCUGGCUCAUCACUGUCACAGACAACAUGAUAAUCCAACUCAAAUUCAACACAUUCAAACUGGAGGCCAGCUCCCGGUGUUCGUACGACUCUGUCACGUUGUAUGAUGGCAACAGCCUCCAAGCUCCGCAACUCGGUCGGUUCUGUGGUCCGGUGAUCCCCGACAUCAUUCGCACCACAGGCAACACCAUGCUUGUCAACUUCCUCUCAGACGGGUCCGUCGCCAUGGAAGGUUUCACCGCAUCCUACUUCGAGACAUAUGGUCCUGCGCAUGGUUGUGGAGGAAUUCUCAACAGAACGUCAGGUGCUUUCUCCUCCGUGGAUGGAAAUAACGAUUGGUUGUAUGAGAACAAUCUCGACUGCAAGUGGACAAUUCUGGUGGGAGACAACAAACUAGCGACAUUAAACAUCACUGCGAUGGACAUUGAGCGACAUUCACGUUGUGCCUGGGAUUAUCUCGCCGUGUAUGACGGAAUAUCAACCGACUACCCUCUGAUCGGGAAAUACUGUCAGAAUACAACAACACCUCGCUUCAUCACCGGCUCCACCAACGCUUUGCUGGUCUACUUCCACACAGACAGCAGCAUCGUCAGGGCGGGAUUCAAUGCUACAUACGGACAGCAGAAUGCUCUCUGCGGAGGUGUGUUUACAGCCAAUGUGACUGCCAGGACGAUUUCCACACCAAACUACCCACGUCCAGCUGGUCAGUUUGUCCGUUGUCGCUGGACGAUCGAUUCGUCAAGUCCGAGCAAACAAGUCCGGCUGACAUUCACAGGACUCAGUCUGAUCCAGGAUUCCAGGUGCUCGCAAGAAUACGUGGAACUGAGAGACUUCCCAAUGGGACUGACGGGGCGAUCGGUUCAUUACUGCGGCAGCACGAUUCCUCCCUCGUUUGACUCGGCCGGACGGACGGUUCAGAUUAACUACAACAUCCCAGCCAGCUCCACCAGCGGUGGAUUCCAGAUGACGUACGAGAUCGCAACAUGCAGUAAGAACUUCACCAGUGAUAAUGGCAGAAUUACAAGUCCCGGUUACCCUGGAAACUACCCACGGAACAUGAAUUGUGAUAUUUUGAUCAUGGCACCAUCUGGGUCGACUCUGGCUCUAUACUUCACACAGUUCUACAUAGAAAGACACAGUCGAUGUCGAUACGAUUAUCUCAGGGUGUAUAAUGGAACCAGUGCCAAUGGUACCAUGUUGGUCCAGCUGUGUGGUCCGGACAUACCGGACACAGUGUAUAUUCCAAGCAACACUGCAUAUCUAAAAUUCAAAACUGAUGCAUCGGUCAACCAUCGUGGAUAUGACAUAUCAUUUGUAUCAACCACUGCAGGGCUAGGUUGUGGUGGGAACUUGACAGGUAUAAAUGGCAGUCUGACAAGCCCAGGAUUUCCCAGCAACUACUCAAGUGUGGCAACGUGCACGUGGCGCAUCACGGUUCCGGCACGCCGGGUUAUCUCCCUUACAUUUACGAUGCUCGGCGUGCCAGGUGUGUCCAUGUGUUCACAGAACUACGUGGCGAUUUACAAUGGUAACAGUGACUCGGCUCAGAUAUUCGGCAGAUACUGUGAUAGUGUUCCCGCAUCACUAACAACAUCAAGUAAUUCAGCUUUUGUCAAAUUUGUUUCCACCGGAAGUUCUGCAGCACCGACUUUCAGACUGACAUACACCAGCUAACCUUGGAUAAUAAUAUAAAUACUGACACUUUCACACUGAGAUAAUUACUGGAGUUUAUACAGCUAACCUCGGAUAAUAAUAUAAAUACUGACACUUUCACACCGAGAUAAUUACUGGACUUUAUACAGCUAACCUCCAAUAGCUAUAUAAUUACCAAUACAUUCAAUACAUAGUAUGAUUAUGCAUCAAAAAUUACAUGUACUUACAUUCAGACAUUCCUGUUUCAGUAGUUAUUUGUAGUAACAAUCAGCCAUCUGUUAGGAUGUGUGCUAUCAAUGGUUUAAAGAAUAAAAUAACAGUUAAUAUUAACUAUAAACAUUUUUCGGUUUGUCAAUUUGUCCGUCUUUAUGUUAGCAUCCGACUGAUUGGAAUUUACUUGAUGUGAACUAUUAAAGCUUCAUUCUUUCUUUCCCAUUCACUGAUGCAAUUGCCAUUUACUAAUUAAAGUAAGAUACAGACAUAAUUACAAUUUUAAUAAGCAUGCAUUGUGUUUUUGCUAUCAAUGUAUAUCGUUAAAUACCUUAAUAUGAGGAAGGAGCCUGUAUCGUGGCAACUUUAUGACAAUAUUAAUCACAGUAAUUGCUGUGGUGCAUUAUAUUUUUGUCAUUAAAAAAAAUCCUAACAAAAAACAAUAAAAAACCACCAAAAAAAAACCCUCAACCAACUGUAUGUUAUAAUGGAACUGAUGGCUGGUGAAAAUUACAAUUAUAUUGAUAAAAUAAGUUCAUAUUUUGUUUAUGUUACCUGAAAAUAAUAUAUUGCAGUUUUGUGUAUUUAAUAUAAUUGUUUUGUUAUUUGUUAUUUGCAUAUACAUGCACGAGAACUUUAUAUAUGAUUUUACAUAAGAGCACAGAACUUUAUAUGAAAUUAUAAUACAUCGUUUGAAAGUCUGUAAUUUUCUGUAAAAUUACUGAAAUAAUGUAUGAAUAGUGAAAUAGAUAUUUUUAUUUAAGUAUUCUCCGUUAUUUCUUUUACGUUCAUUGGGGUAUAAACAAAAAACAUCAUCUGCAAACUGUGAAUCGGCGAAGCCGUUCUCACGUAAGUUUGCAGAUGAUUUUUUUUAUUCAUACCCAGAUGAAGGUAAAAGAAAUAAGACAAUCCAUAUAAUUAAAUUUAAAACAUACUUACUAAUAAUAACAUUAAAAGUUCAUAUUUUAUUUUGAAUUUUUUGUUUUGUUAAAACAAUAAAUCUCAGUAAUUUUUAUAUUAGCGAGAAAUGAAUAAACUCCAUUGCUACGGCUGGACCAAUGGGAUGACGUUAUAUUGUAAUGAAUGUAGCAGAAAUUUAAUGAUUACAUUUUGUUCAAUAGAUUGCCGACUGUAAUGAAUUCUGUGACUAGGAUUUGUAUUUUUGAUAAACAAAAUCAUCAUGUUGAUAAUUAAGAAUUAAACAAAUUAAGUUUGUAAAUAAAACAAACAUCCUGUGACAUUUUUUAAGCAUAAUUAUUGAAUUAUUAAAAAAUGUUUGAAUUUAAUGCACUAAUACAGAGACGAGUUAAAUAAAAUAUAUUUAUUCUAUAUUAAAAAAAUUUUGGAAGUUGUAACUUACAUAAAGAAUAGUGCACGUUUUCUAAUGUGAAGAUAAUUUCACAAGCAUUCACAUUAUGUAGUUUGUUAAAGUGACAGACCCUAGUUUUUAAACACUAAAACACUAUUAAAGCCUUUUUUUGAUCAUUUAAAUUAGAAGUACUUACAUUUUAUUAUUUAGAAUAUUAAUUUUUCAUACACCUGACUGGGUUCUGGUCAUCUAGGUUUUUGUAAGAUGUACCUCAAAAUUAAUUUUUCAUAAUUCUAAAAACACACGUUCGUCUGAUAAGUACCGGUAAUGGUUAUAGAGACAAGCUCUAGUCGAUGUUUGGACGGCAUUUCCCCAUUAAAACAUCACAGACUUUAGUGUCUAUCUGUUAAAAUCUUACCCUGAUGUGUUGCAGGUUUGUAGAUUAACUAAAUUUAAGUCUCCAUUUUCACGGGCUGACACAAGGGUCUGCGACUUUAAAUACAAAAUCUGUUUGUUUUUUUAAAACCCAUGGAGAUCAUGUGUGGUGUUUGUUUUGGCAGUGUUGUGGCAAUUUACACAGCAUUUCAUUUUUAUCUUUUCAUCAUUGUACAAUACAUUUAAUAUUUGUGGCACAAUUUAUGAAUACGCCAUACAAUGGUAACAUUAUGAAAGAGAUGUUAAUUUUGUGAAUAAAAAGAAAAAUAAUAAAUGUUUGUUCAUA